GGAAGAAAAACAUCGCUUUAAUUUUAUAAUUUCUAGCGGAAAUCUCCUUGAAAGCUAAAUUCAAAACUUUCUUUUAUAUUUCAUACUCUGUAUUUUGCCAAAAUGAAUAUGAAGUGAGCAGAACGAUCAGUAUGGAAAAUAUGUUUGAGGUUCCGCCCAUGGAUUUAAAAACUUCAAGUUCAGCCGAACAAGAAGUUCGGAAACUUCAAGACAUGGUGAAGAGGUUGGAAGAACAAAAUGAAAUUCUUCGACAUGGCUCGUCCCAAAAUAGUGCAGGUUUUGUCCCAUCAUCGUCGAGAGAUUCUGUGGAGCUAGAAGAAGUGGAGCUUAUUAAUUUAAAUGAUUCGUCUGAUGAACUUGAAGAUAGCUGGUUGUACGAGUCACCUGUUAAAUCAGCCACACCAGCACAAAAGUCUGUUAAUUCAACAAAAUGGACUAAUACUUUGACUGUUGAUGGUUUGGAUAGUAUAAGAGGAAACCUUAUUGACAAACUUGAUGAUAUCGAAACUCAACAAGAAAUAUCAAAAGUGAGGGCAGCCCAGUCACGUGUCAAUAAAGUUUCUUCAUUCAGUGCUCAAAAGAAUACAAUGUUUUUUCAACCUUCAAGUCAAGCAAUAAGUUCAAAAAAAGGCAAAAGGUAUAAUGAUAGUCACCAAAAAAACCAUGAAAAUGAUGACAGUAUAAAUGAAAUGGAAGAUGUUUUGCAAGGUCCUAUUUUGAGAAGAUCAGCUACAAGAAAUGCUGAGCUUGAAGAGAAUACCACCCUUUCUCAGUCAUACGAAGUUGAUGAUAGCAUACAAGGUCCCAUAUUACGUAGAUCAGCUGUGAGAAGAGAAAAGAAUGAAAACUCCGGUUCUCUUUCUCUCACUACAAUGUUGCAAUCUGAAGAUUAUGAUAAAGAAUCAGGUCCAAUUCUUCGAAGAUCAGCCGUCAAUGAAAGUGAUCCAUCAAGAGUAUCUCAACCCGAAGUCGACGAUGAAUUGACUGGUCCCAUUUUGAGAAGAUCGGCUGUUGUUAAAAAAAAUCAUGAAGAGAAUUUAUCAAACGUUCAUGAUGACGAUGGUGACGAUGAUGAUGAGCAAGCUCCAAUACAGCGCCGAUCGGCAUUAUCUAAAGACACAAAGAUUCAGUCUCAAAUCAAUGAAUCACCAGAAUCUCCCAGACAAACCUCUUUACCAGGCUUGCGUCUUCAACCUCGAUCUCGCAGUAAAAUGUCAGAAAACGAAGCAAGUGAUAAUAAAGGUCUGGAUGUAAGCUCUCAAGGCAGCCAGGAAGAUCUUCAUUCAGAUGAUAUCCAAGGAAAAGUCCCUGUUGUAAAGCGUUCUGCACUUGCCUUACCAAAGCCAUCAUCUGAAGGUCUAUCAAAGCAACUGUGGUAUUCAGGACCCAUUUCUCAAAUGAACCAACGUAAAACAAAAAUCGAUGCAAAAGCAACAAGGCGAUCUCUUUCGCCGAGUCCGGACGGAAUAAACAAACUUCAACCAAGAACACAAUCUGGCAUCACCCCGCGGAGAUCUGCUGGAUCUAGAGGGAGUAUGGAGGAUUUAUUGGAUUCAGAGAACACAGCAACGCCUGUGCAACGACGAAGCUUGCCUCAUGUACCGUUCGAUUCGGCUGGUGUAAAAUCACGUACAUUGAAAGCUGACGAUGGUAUUAUGAACAGAACGCAAUUAAAACCAAAAAGUAAACUCCAAACUUUCCAACAACAACCGCAACAACAGCUGCAGCAACAAGGAAAUCCUGUUGUUGCCCGUCGUUCAAAACUAGCUACACCAUCGUCAGCUGCAUCAAAAGGUGUAGUUGCUAGAAGAAAGUCGCCGGCAACUAGUGAUCUCAAUAAUAGCUGGAAUGAGGGCUGCUAUUGAAGCUUUAUGAUUGAUUGAGCUUCAGUAAAAGAUCAUGGCGAGUGUGUUCUCCUGGACUAGAAUUGCUAGAUGUAAAGAGUUAUACGCAUGUCAUGUUGUUUUUUCUAUUUAGAUAUUUCUGUUGACAAUAAGUCAAUAACAUUUUCUCUUUUGUAAUAAACUUGCAUGGGUCGACUUUUCUUUCAUUUUGUCAACAGUUAUUGUACAUAUGACUUCCAACAGUGACUCUAUCAAUCGUCAAUACCCUGUGCACUUUGCUUUAGAUGUAUUGUCUUGUGCAGUACUGUGAUGAAGUAAUUUGAAGUGUUUGUGAUAAGAAAGUGAAGUAUUGUAAAGUAUAAGUGAUUUAAGAACAUGAAGUAUUGUGAAGUAUUUGUAAUAAGAGCAUUAAGUAUUGUGAAGUAUAAGUGAUAAGAACGUCGAGUAUUUCGAAGUUUGAGUGAUAACCAAUAAGAAGCUUUGCUUUCUGACAUUUUCCUGUAGCAUUUCUAAAUUCAACACUGAUUGUAAAUUAUAAAUUUCUACAGUCAACUCACCAUCAAUGUUGUAAUAAUGAGAAUAUUAAGUAAAAGAGUUGUAGACUAUUUAGUGAUCCGUAUGUAUCAAUGAGUUUUGUCAUUUUAAGUAGAUAAGAAGGACGUUGAUGUCGGCA